GGAAUGUGGCGGGAUGGAAGGACUGGGGCGGGGAGAGGCAGUUGUGCGCGUUCAAAGGCACGAAAAUUAGCUGCCGACGUUUAAACGGGUUUAGUUUCCUCGUUUUUGACAAAUAAAUGCAGUGGGAUGCAUGCUCUGCCGACUGCCGCCCCGGCCCGGAGCCCUGGGCUCACUUCUCAGUCUGCUUCCGAGUUUCGCACCGCAGUCCUGCGCGGCAUCAGCCGAGCUUCGCCCCCUUGCCCGAGUCUGCAGAUGGAUGGAUGCUGGGCAGGCUUCCCCCAGUCGGGUUAACGCCAGCUUAGCCCCAAACUCCCACCUUAGGCCUCCGGUUUAUCUGCCCGCCGCCACCACCACUACCAAAGGACAUGCCCCUUUGGUAGUGUCGGGGCUCCCAGCCCAAGCGAGGGGGAGGACACCUCCCUAUCCCCUCCUCCCCAUCCGCGCGGCGGCUCGGGGUUUUACUGCAGCAGCCGGAGGUGACAGCGACGCCUUAGCCUCCUCCGUUGCUCUCAGAGCCCCGGCUUCCCCUGCAUCCGGAAAGCGCCCCCUCCAGAGAGGCUGGUCCCCGGAGAAGUGCUAACGAGCUGCAGAAAACCAAAUUUUAAAAUGUAGAAGUCGCUGGGCUGCAUUCCUCCGAGGACGAGCCUGAUCGCCCAGGACUGAGAGUGGCAGCGUGUGGGAAGUUGGGACCUUAGAGCAAGGGGGGGGAGGGGAGUGGUGCAGCCGGCAUUCUCUUCUGGAAGGAAUCACUGGGAGCAGUGCGGUUGGACACAAGUUUGCGUGGGAGUGUUUUCCUUUUGUCAAUAAUUAAUCACCGGAAUCAGUCUGGCAGAAUUGGAGUUUUAGCAAUAGUGCAGAGGGCGGGGCCGAACACCUAACUCCAGGAGGCUCCGAGGCACCCGGCGCAGUGGGAAGCUCAAAGCAGCUGGGGAGGAGCCAAAGAUUGGGUGCUCACCUAAGCCGCAGGGAGAUAAACCAACCGGGAGAUGAAGAAACAGCAACCCAGAGAAGAGAAGUAACCCACAUAGGAUCAAUUCCACAGAGGCACAAAGAUAAGAACCCAGAUCUGGACCCUCCUGGGCAGGACUGACUUUCUGCAGUUUGAAAGAGGCCAACCAUGGAUUUCAGACGUGUGAAGGACUAUUUCUCCUGGCUCUACUAUCAAUACCAAAUCAUUAGCUGCUGUGCUGUCUUGGAACCCUGGGAGCGAUCCAUGUUCAAUACGAUCCUACUAACCAUUUUUGCUAUGGUGGUAUACACCGCCUAUGUUUUUAUCCCAAUCCACAUUCGUCUGGCUUGGGAAUUUUUCUCCAAAAUAUGUGGCUAUCACAGUCCAAUUUCUAAUUAAGCUUAGUUGCAUUCUGUGAAUUGGCAUUGCCUAUGUAAAUGUUGCUUACACUUUACCAAUUUAUUGUGUGAAUACUGUGUCUUCUUUCACUAUCUGAUCUGAAAAGCUCCCUUCUCUAUGCACUCUUGUAUCUUGCCUGAAAUGUGAGAUAGGUGUUUCUUUAGGUUCUUUUGUACAUUCUGCAUUGUGCAUCGGACCAUGGAUAACACAUAAAGACCUUACCUCACAUACCAACCAUAUUCUCUCAACUUAAAUCUACAACUUCAGAUUUUUUUUAAUCAGAAAUUUCAUAUAAAAUUUUUCUGGGAAGUUGGCUCCUAAGAGACCUACCAGAAUCCUACUUAAAAUGCUCCCUUGAUACUUGUUCUGUACUAAAAGGUAUAUUUUUAAAAAAUUGUUCAUAAGCUCCUGUCAAAAGUAUCCUACCUUGUUUACCACAUAUGAAGAGAUAUGAAUAAAUUAUAUGGGCCCCCUAAAGUCUUAUUUUCUAGUAAACCGCUGAUACCUAAAAUUCUUUUACUUCAAGUGCAAAAGAAUAGGCUGGAGGCAAUUAUCUCUUUUCAGACAUGGUUCAUGAAUUAUUUCAAAUGUCUCUAAAAGUCUGGCUUUAUAACACUUUAAAAUCAACAAUGUUGAUUUUAGAUAACUCAGUAAGUAUGAUGAUACAAAGAUAUUAAGUGUAAGGAACAAAAUAUAAUCAAAGUAAAUUCAAAUGUGACGUGCAGUGCUGCCUGGGCCUUGCAUAAUCCUGAGGAGCUGGGAGGUGGGGGGGGAGAAAAGAAAUUGCUUUCUUUCUGUGAUUUCACUCAGCCGAGGGAGGAGGAAAGCAUGCAUUGGGCUACAGGAAGAAAAGCUAAUAAAUAGACUGGAAGUAAUAUUCUACCAGCAGGAACUCGACAGCUCCAGUUAAAUGCUUUGAUAUAGUGGUUCCUUUGCAGAGCAAAAACAAGAUUUAUUAAAUUUCCUUCAAAGUGUUUAUCUCAAAAACAAAUAUGUUUUUAAUUAUACUGCUGAUUCAAAUGUGAAUGCCAAAGGCUGAACCUUACAGUUUGUCUUUCCUUCCAAUAAAUAUUAAGGUUAAUAAUUCUGGAGGGUAAAAAUGGAAAUAGUUUUUGGACAACAUUUACACCUAUGUUUGUGUUAUGGAGAAAAAAAAAUUCCCAGGAAGCCUAGAGAGAAAGAUGUUUGGCAUGCCAAAUUAACAUGCAUGUUUGUUAAAAAAACAAAAAUACGUGUUUUGAAGAUAAAACCAGAUCUGAACAUGUACUGUUGAUUUUUGCAAAAUAAAAUUAGGUUUAAUUUUGUAAAUAAAA